UGCCUGUCUUAAGUCCCCUGCCAUGGGGACUUGAGGUCUGAGAGGAAGCCGUGGUCAGAGAACGAGAGGAGGGAGGGACGUGGUGUGGCCCAGUGCAGCUCCGCCCCUCCCCGUCCCCACCCCAAGCCCUCUUAAUGAAAUCAAGCUGGCCCCCAAGCCCAGCGGAGAGGAGGAAGGAGGAGGGACGGGAGGCUGAAGCGGGCAGGCGCGGCAGCAGCCCACGGUGUCCUGUCUCCUGGGGCCAGGCGGCCACACUUGUCCACCUGGCAGGCGCACCCUAGAACUCUCUGGGGGAACUGGGUCCGCAGGCACCAUGACCCCCAGCCUCCUCCUCCUCCUCCUCUCCCUGCUGCUCCUGCAGCCCGCGGCGGCCUAUUCGGUCUCCCUGCCGGCCACCUUCCUGGAGGACGUGGGGGGCAGCGGGGAAGCGGAGGAGGGCCCCUCGGCCACCUCCCCGGGCCUGCCGCCGCCGCCUGGGACCCCGGCGCUCGGCCCCACCCUGGGAGGACGGCGACCCCCGCAGCCCACCGCCGCGCAGGAGGAGGAGGGGGGCGCGGCGCCCCCCACCAGCUUCCUGGAAGGGAUCGAGGACUUCUUCCGCCAGUACGUGCUGCUCAUCGCCGUGGUGGGCUCGCUCGCCUUCCUGCUCAUGUUCAUCGUGUGCGCGGCGCUCAUCACGCGGCAGAAGCACAAGGCCACCGCCUACUACCCGUCUUCCUUCCCCAAGAAGAACUACGUGGACCAGAGGGACCGGGCUGGGGGCCCCCGGGUCUUCAGUGAGCUCCCCGACCGGGCCCCCGACAGCCGAGCCGACGAGACCCCCGACUCACCCCAGCAGCUGCAGGCCGACAUUCUCGCUGCCACCCAGAACCUCAGGUCUCCGGCCAGAGUGGCACCGGGCCACGGCGGCGGGGAGGGGGCCAGGCUGGCCGAGGGUGGGUCAGAAGCCCAGGGACCCAGCGGCCACGACGUGGCCCAGGGGCUCCCAGCACGUGCAGGCCUGGCAGACAAGCCCACGGUCCCCGUGGAGUCAUGCACUGUGGAGGCCCAGGGAGGUCCUGCAGCUGGCGAGAGCCCGGAGGGCCCACCAGGGUCUUCCUCCUUAGCCCAGGAGCCGGCAGCAUCCCCUGAAGGUCCCUGUGCGUGCAGCCGCGUCCCCCCCAGCGUCUAAAAGGCCCGCACACCGCUGGCCUUGACUUGGCUGUCAGGCCCUCAAAGGGCACCCCCUUGGGCGAGAAUCCGACUGCUUUCCUGACAACCCUUCUUGCCCACCAAACUCUCCCCCCACCCCAUGCCAAUCCCAGAGUGUCCCGUCCUCCAGCUGUGGAACUAACUGCCAGCCUCUGGUACAAAACCUCAGGAAACAUCUUCCCAGGUUCGGGCAGCAUUGAAUGCCUGCGCCUGCAGCCCCAGGGCAGGGCUCCUCCUAGAAGGACAGCCAGCCUCUUCCCCGGCUGCCAUUAGGCCUCCCAUGUUAUCAGCUCCAUCAGGUGGGGAACCCCGGGUCAGAAGCCCCUGUCAAGGGAGCGUGUUGCUGCUUCUCCCGCCCACAGCAAAGAGAAGCAGGGCAUGCGGAGAUUUAGAAGGCUUGAAGGAAUGCCACCCGUGGGUGGAGUGUCCCGUGAAGCAAGAGACAGGCUGUGCGCUGCAGCUUUUGGCACUGCAGAGCGGGUCCCCAUUCUUGGCAUCAAACUCAACAUCUAGAGGAUGUUAAUGUGGCUUUUCUGCCUCUACUCUUCCGGAAAGCUUCCCUACCCCAUAUCCUUUUUUUUGUUUUUGUUUUUGACAGGGUCUCAUGUAACCCAGGCUGGCCUCAAAGUCCCUACCUAUGUCUGUAGUUGAUCCUUGAACUUUCUUCGGAUCCUCUUGCCUCUAAUACCCGCGUGCUAGGAUUGGGAUUAUAGGAGUGUGCCACCAUGCCUGGUUUGUGGGGUAGCAUGCAGCUUUGUGCGGCCAUGGUAGACACUACCAAGCGAGCUACAUACCCAAGCCCACCUACGUUUUGACAGGAUCCUACACUGAGAGCUAUCUGAACAGGGUUUCCUGAGGCACAAUUCCAAGGAAACGCUGUCCCAUCCCAGUUUCUGCCUGAAAGAUCCAUUGCUGACUAAGGUUUCCUAUGAAACUGUGCGUAGUCUUUCCCAAGCUUUCUUUUUUCUUUCUUUCUUUCUUUUUUCAUAGCUACAAGUCAAAUUUCACAGCACCCACUCUGAAAUAUAUUGCUCUUCAUUUUCCCAGGGCUGCCCUGGUUUCUGAUGGUCCAGAGUCAGAGUAUAGGGAGUUGGGAUUCCUUCAAGAAUUGCUAAGCAACUGGGCUUGGGAGGUGCAUCUCAUCCUGCUAGUGGGCAUGUGGAUUUAUCCUGUCUUGUCAGAACUCAGAGCAGCCUGGAAGCUGAGGGGCUGUGUUUGUGGUACCCCCCCUGGUACUCCCCCUUCCUGACACACUCUGGUUUCUGACGCCCAACCUGGAGCAAAGGCCUGGUCCCCUUGUCCUUGGCUCACACACAUGUGGUCUGGAAGUCUGCCCACAAUCUUCCUCAGUCCUUGACAGGGUGCCUAGGCUCUGCCCUGUUGGCGGAGGUGGGGGGCAGGGUGGGGGUGCAGAAUCUUGGGGGACUCCCCCCUCUAAACCUCCCACUGGGGCUCUCCCAACCUCCCCACAGCUGCCCAGGUGUGAAGGUGGAACCCACCAGCAUAAUAAACCUUGAUGUGGCACAA